UUUUUUUACCCUUUCAUCUUUACACCAAAAAAUUUAAGUUAGAUUGACUAGGCAUCAUUUGUUUUUUAUUUAAUAAUGAUUUUAUUAUUUCCCCCCACCCCUUUUCCACUUCUUUUGCGACCUACCUUUGAACUAGCCCAAGAGAGAUUUGAUUCGAUAGAUUGACCCGAUCCUUUGAUAGCCCUAUAAUCUUCCCUUGGCCAAUGGUCUAGCCGCCCCGGCAAUGCCUUUGUUCAUAGAUCGAAUCCAUGGUUCUUCUGGGAAAUUUCUUCUCUAUUCUCACUAUUCUCUGUGCAGUGUAUGCAGGUGUAGUACGUAGUCUAUCCUCCGUAAGUGUGGCUUUAAUUUCCCUCUGUAACACAGGCAGCUCCAUUUUCAUCAAUGGAACCAAAGAUGGUCUGCCAAUUCCCGUUCCCAAUUAAUAACGAUAUUCGGUUCGUAUGUACCCAAGGCACCCAUCCGUGCCCUUCCGUGCCAGGAUUCCUGCCUGACAACGUAGAAUUUGACUCGAUUAUCGCAACCGGCGUCAGAAGAAUCCCUUCAAGCAAUUGAUAUCCAAGUAGUUACCCCAGAAACCCAAGGGGGGAGAAAGGGAA